AUGGCAAUCGGCAGCCCACUCAAUGCGAAGUCGUACAUCCACCAAUACCUGGAGAAGAGGAGAAGAUCAAACACAUCUAGUGCACCGUGCCAAAACAUCAAGAAAAUGAAAGAUGAAGUGGCGCCGCCACCUGAGGAGGAGGUAGCCAGUUUCAAUCAGCAGCUCGAAAGCCGAUUCUUCCAGGAACUACCCAUCGAGAUCAGAAGGAUGAUUUACGCCUAUGUCUGGCAAGGACGCUACGAUCAUCUGUAUCAUAUACCCGAGGGGCGGCACAUUCACUUCAAAAGGGGCCAUUGGACGCAUACGCGAUGCGUCAUGUCCGAGUACGAUGAGGACCUGGACUUCAUCCAGAAGCAGAUGGACACGAUCCGGAAUACUGGCCGCGGUGAUCUCCUCAUGUGGCAAAGGAGGUUGGCAUCGACGUGGGGUCGCCGCCAUUGGAGAUGCGAGGAGAGAGUAGAAUAUGGACAGGCGGGUGCCAUUGAUCGCACAGACCUGUCUUCCAUGAUGAUGUUGUGCAAACGCAUGGUUACCUUCAGCGAGGAAUCGAGGCUCACCUAUCUGUUCGGCGCGUAG